GAAGAAGAAGAAGAAGAAGAAGAAGAAGAAGAAGAAGAAGAAGAAGAAGAAGAAGAAGAUGAUGAUGAUGAUGACGAAGACGACGAAGACGAUGAUGAUCUAGAAGAACUUUACCAACAAAUGAUUGGCAAAAAAGUCAGCAAGUCUGGUAUGGUCGUUGAUCGCAAGACCGGGGCUACUCUAGGCCGUCUUGUUGAAGGCAAACUAAAGCGUGUAGUUAACAAGAAAGUCGGCGAAAAUGGUGAAAUCAAGAAUGAUAAAGGCAGAGUUAUUGGCCGUGUCGAGCCUAUUCCUCAGGAUCGUAGUGAUGAUGACGAUGAUGAUGACGAUGAAGAAGAAGACAACGAUAACGAGCAAGAGCAAGAAUCUACCAAGAAAGACAAUGACGCCGAUCAGACUGAAGCCAAUGAUAAUGCUGAUGAGGAUAAUACCGCUGCUGACAAGCCUGAGAAUGAAGAAUCCGCUGAAGAAGAGAAUAAAGAAGAUGACAACAAUGAUGAAGAAUCCAUGGAUGAAAAACCCAUUGAUAACAAAGAUAAAACUAAAGCAGCCCCCAAAAAUACAGCCAAAGAUGCCAAGAACAAAUCUAAACAAACUGCUGAAGAUGUUAAAGACGAAGCUGACAAAGCUGAAGAGACCGAUGCACCUGCUGAUGAUGCAAUAGAGAACGUCGAUGACAACGAAGAUAAUGAAAAUGAAGUACACUCCCAAAGCAACUUUGAAGAAGAUGAAAUUGAAGAUAGUAAUGAAGAGGAUGAUGAUGAUAAUGAAAGCACCGACGAAGAGGCAAAAGAUUCUGAUAAAGACAACGAAUAUAUCAAAAAUAAGACUGACGAUGCUGCAAAAGUUGCUAAAAAAGGUGCCAAAAGCGCCAAGAAUACUGUUGAACAAGUAAAAGACGAAGCCAAUAAUAACAAGGAAGAUGCUGAAGAAGGAGCAGAAGAUGAUGCCGAACAGAUAGACGGUAAAACCAAUGAAGCUGGAGAUAAUGCCAACGAUAUCAAAGAAGAUGCGGAAGAACAGGCUGAAGAUGCUUCUGAUGAAGCUACCAAUAAAGCAAAAAAUGCGAAAAAAGAAACUGUUGAGGAUGUCGAUGACAAUGACCAAAAACAAAAUGAAGUCGAAGGAAAUGAAGAAGGUGAAGACGAUAAUGAAGAAGAGGAAGAGGAAGAAGAGGAAGAAGGAGAAGAAGAAGGAGAUAAUGAUGAAAGUGAGGAAGAAGAAGAAGACGAAGAAGACGAAGAGGAAGAUGAGGGGGAGGAUGGCGAAGAAGAUGAUGACAAUGAAGAGAAAGAUAAUCCUUAUGGUACCGUCGAUGAAGAUUCCCCUGAAGUGCGCAAAUCCGGCAAGGUUGUCGAUUCCGAAGAUAAUGUCCUUGGCACUGUGGACAAGAAGGUUGCGCCAAAAUUAGCUGGACUCAAGGUUGAUAAGGACGGUAACGUCUAUAACAAAGAAGGUCAUAUUGUUGCUAAGGCAAAUCUGUAUGAAAACGAAAAGAAACCCUUCAACCCUAACGACACUGUGAGCGAAGAAUCUCCCGAAGUUCGUAAAUCUGGUAAGGUCUUCGAUAUGGACGACGAACUUGUUGGCUACGUUGACAAGAAGAUGGCUCCCAAAUGGGCUGGGUUCAAAGUUGAUCCUGAAGGUAACGUUAUUAACCAUGAAGGUGAAAUCGUUGGCUCUGCUGAUAUGAUUAAGCCUAAGGAGGAAGACGACGAUAAGGAAGAAAAGAAUCCUUACCCUAAUGAUGCCGUGAACGAAAAUUCCCCUGAAGUUCGUAAAUCUGGUAAGGUCUUUGAUAUGGACGAUGAACUUGUCGGACACGUUGACAAGAGAAUGGCUGCCACUUGGGCUGGUUUUAAGGUCGAUGAAGAAGGUAACGUUUAUGAUAACGAUGGUCAUAUUGUUGGAAGGGCCAAAAUGGUCGAGCCUGAGCAAUCCAAGGAAAAAAAAAAACCCUUCAAUCCUAAUACGAUGGUUGAUGAACACUCUCCUACUGUUCGUAAGUCUGGCAAAAUCAUUGACGAAAAUGAUAACGUUGUCGGUCAUGUCGAUAAGACUGCUGCCCGUAGAUUUGCUGGUUUCCCUGUUGAUGACGAUGGCAAUAUCAUAAACGAAGAAGGCCAGACUGUUGGUAAAGCCAAGAUGGAGAACCAAAAGUCAGAAGAACAACUUAAAGAAGAACGACAAGAAGAGGAGCAACGCAAAAUUGUUGACCAAUUAACAAACUGUAUCCAGCAAUCCUUGGAUAAGAUUCAACCCAUUCUCAAGCAAAUUACUGAUCAUAUCGAUGACGAAGAAUCCAAAUCCAAAGAUGAUCGUGAUGAACAGAAAUUGGUCGAUACCGUCAAGCCUUUGAUUGAGCAAGGUUCCUCAAUCCUAGAGGAAUGUAAUGGUGCUAUCCGUGGUUUAGAUCCUUCUGGCAAGAUAGCUAGAGAAGCACAAGCCAAGUCUUCGUCUCGUAAAGCCACACCUGAAGAACAUCAUCUUGCUGAAUUGUUGGCUAAGCUCUCUGGUGAUGUCUCCCAAACGAUUGAUAGAGCAAAGAAAAAGAUUAGAAACAUGCCCCAUGCAAAGAAGGAGCUUAACCCCUUGUGGAACAUUUUGCAAAGCCCUCUUUUACAGAUUCUAUCUGCAGUCGGUCUUUUACUCUCGGGUGUUUUGGGUCUUGUCGGCAAUAUUUUGAAUGGCCUUGGCCUUGGAUCAAUUAUUAACAACCUCCUUGGCGGCAUUGGACUGAACAAAAUACUUGAAGGUUUUGGUCUCGGUGAUGCUUUAAACGGGUUACUUGGAAAGAAAAAGAAGUAGAUUGCCUCCUUCUGUUUUCUAAUCAUUGUUGUAUAUAGCACUUUUACUAUUACUAUUACUUAUUUACUUUAUACUAUAUGAUUUAUAGCCUAUGUAUGUAUUAUUAUUCAUUUAAAAAACCUUAUCUUGUAAUAAAAUGCAUUUUUUAUUUUAUAAAUUGUUUGCUCAAGAAGGCAAGUGCAA